AACACAUUCUGACUUGCCACGGAGAGCAUGCGAAGGAGAUUUGAUUCAGAUUGGACAAACACAGUGUCUGUGGAUUUAUCUGUUUGAAGAGUUUCCCAAAUGAGAAUAAGAAGGAUCUCCACACAAGGCUAUGAGUCCGUCAGACCUUCCUCCAUCAUUAAAAUUCUGUAAUUACACACCUGCCACCACCAAGACCACUACCUGCUUUCUCCAGAUGUCCCAGGAAACAUGGGUAGUGUCAGCAGUUUGAUAUCAGGCCAUAGCCUCCACAGCAAACACUGCAAAGGCUCUGAAAACAAACUCAAAAAGGGGCUUCAGUCUAAGAAAACAGGCCGUAGCUUGGAUGGCCUUCUGAAGUAUGGCUUCACUCAGGAUCAUUGCAGCACCAACAACAACUCAAAAGUCAGCUAUCAUUCAGGCAAAAACGACGACUUCUUUUACAUCAAGGUCAGCAACAAGCCCCAAACUGCUAAUAUUAAUACAGCUGAAGACAGUCAAGGAAGAACAACUGAGACGGACAAUGAGGUGGACAGGAGAGGAGGGCCACCAGAAUUAGUUUCGCUGUCUGGAAAACUAGAAAAGAGUAUAGAGAAUGUUUUCAUUCGACCCACCGCCUUCAAACCAGUUCUUCCUCGAAGCACCAGUUCCUCGGUGGAGACUCAUAACAACUUGAGCACUAUCCUUGGCAAGAGAAUUAGUCCUAUAGACAGGCUAAAAGAUCUUCAGGACCCCAAGCUGGAGACAAAUUCUGGUACCUUCUCUGACUCUGGAAGGAACUCUAUGUCCAGCCUGCCCACUCACAGCAUCAGUGGCAGCAGCCAGAUGGACAACCUAAGCACUUCAACUAACCACAUGGCACGCCAUGGAUGCCUUGCCCAAAACAUGGACACAUCUCAGAAACCACAGGGGGGUGUAGCAGGGAUGAAUGGAAACUCUGGAACCAGUUGGAUGUGUAGUGGGACUAAUGGUGGAAACAGUUUGGCCAAAGGAUUUAGUGAAACAAACAGUGAGUCGACAAAUGGCAAUACAAGAUCCAUUGGUGUCCUAAGUGAAAGUGUGGCAGCAGCAAUAAGUCUGAACAGAGAAAUAACUGCUUCAGCACUGACGGUUUCAUCCAGCGAGCCAAAGAUGGAUUUCUCUGGAAACCAAGAGCUGCUUCUGGAACAGAGAUUUACAAUUUCAGAGCAAAUCCCAACAAAACCAUCAUCUUCUGGGGGCUGUGUCCGAUCACCAAUUUCAAUGGAUGAAUCACUGAUACAGCAGCUGGAGCAGAAACUUCUAGAACGUGAAACCGACCUGGCAGAGUUACAAACAAGCCUUGAGGAGAAGGAGACAGACACAUGUCAUCUAUUUGAGGAGAAGCAACGCUACUGUGCUGAGGAGAUGGAGGGGUUGAAACAACGCUGUUCUACAAAACUCCGUCAAGUGUCUCAGAGGGCUUUGAGAGCCCAACAGUUAUUACAGCUUCAGGUGAUACAACUUCAACAGGACAAGGAACGUUUGCAGGAGGAGGUGGACCAGCUUAAUCAUGACCGGGACACUGCAGAAAGCCGACUCCGAAUCUAUGAGAGCCAGAAAAACCUAGCACCCACUCUAGAAGAGACUCAGUGGGAGGUGUGCCAGAAGUCAGGUGAGAUUUCUCUGCUAAAACAGCAACUUAGGGACUCCCAGGCCGAUGUUGGAAACAAACUCAGUGAGAUUGUCAGUCUCAAAGCCUCUCUGAAGGAGUCCAGAUGUAAGAUGGAAGAACUGGAAAAGAAGAUCAAGGAGUAUGAGGAAGCACUUCACCAGCGAAGCGCUGAGGUUGAGGUGUCUAAGAAUGAGUUUCAAAGAAAGAAGAAUGAAGCCGACCUCCUCAGGGAGAAGGUGAACUUGCUGGAAAUGGACAUCAAGAACAUGAAGCAGGACUUAGCAAUGGCCAAAGAGGAGCAACAGCAGCUAAUGACCAUGAGAGCUGAAGUUGAGGAACAACAGCUGCAACUGCAGAUAAGCCAAGCCCGGAUGGAGGCUUUUGGGAAUGGUCAAGCCAAAUCGAAAGCCCAGGAUGGAACAAGUGCCAGUAAAACACUGAAUCAUAAUGGAGGGACUGCAAACUUGGAUGCCCUACAGAAGGAAGUAGAGAGGCUGAGAGGGGAACUGAAGGAAGAGAAGCAAAAGAAACAUAAGAUGAUGUAUAGCUUCCAGCAGGAGAGACAAACAUGGAAUAAAGAGAAAGACAAAGUAAUCAGAUACCAAAAGCAGUUGCAGUACAAUUAUCUACAGAUGUACAGAAAGAACAAGGACCUGGAGAAGAUUCUGAGGGAGCUAACGGCUGAGAUGGACAGUCGGACAGAGAUGGACAUGGACAGCCAUAGCUCUGACCUGAACUUUGAAAAAAUUGUAGCCACAGAGAUAUGA